CAGCAAGAUCCUCAGUCAAGAAGUCUCUUUUAUUUAUCCUCUACCAAACAGUUGCAGUGCAGCUCUUGUGGCUUCAUCUGAUCCUCUUCUUUUUUUAUCUUUUAUUUUAUUCCUUUUCCUUUGCCACCAGGACGAAAAAGAUCUCCUCAAUUCCACCCCAUUCCAGACAAGUUGCCAAUUUUGAGCUUCCUUCCUUCUCCCACUUGCGUAAAAUAUCCACCAAGUUUCCAGCUUUAGAUUCCCCAUCUGCUCCAGAAGAAUUUGCCCACUUCCCCUCGUUCCAGGAUUUUACUCGCCACUGAGUUUUCUAGUGAGGGAGGGAGAUGAAGAUACAGUGCAACGUGUGCGAGGCGGCGGAGGCGAACGUGCUGUGCUGCGCUGACGAGGCAGCAUUGUGUUGGGCCUGUGAUGAGAAAGUGCACGCCGCCAACAAGCUGGCGAGCAAGCAUCAAAGGAUUCCGCUUACCAGCUCUUCCCCUCAAUUGCCCAAAUGCGAUAUUUGUCAGGAAAUGGCAGGCUUUUUCUUCUGCCUAGAAGACAGAGCUUUGCUCUGCAGGAAAUGUGAUUUGGCCAUUCACACAGCAAAUGAAUAUGUGUCUGCUCAUCAGAGAUUUUUACUUACAGGGGUGAAGGUAGGUCUUGAGCCUACUCAUCCUGGUGAAUCUGCGUCGUCGGGCAAGUCCCCUUCUGCUGGAAAGCAAUCGGCGAUGAAAUCUCAAUCUGUUUCUGAAAGAGUCACACCAGCAAUGCCUUUCGCUAGUUCCUCGAAUGAUACUCCAUCUGUGAAUGGUGGUGGAUUGAGGAGCUCUGAGCCUUCUGCAAAAGUGCCUUUUAGUGAGAAUUAUCAGGCCGGAGGCAUCCAACAGUGGCCACAACUAGAUGAAUUUAUGGGUCUAACUGAGUUCAGCCAAAGUUACAGCUACAUGGGUAACGGUUCAUCAAAGGCUGAUAGUGGGAGGCGUGGAGACUCCAACAGCUCCUCUGCAAUGAUGAGAUCGGGUGACGAUGAAGUGGACAACGACAACGAGUGUCUCGGUCGAGCUUCAGACAGCUAUUGGGCAGUGCCAGAGAUGCCAUCACCCCCGACUGCAUCGGGGCUCUGCUGGACAAAACAACCCUGGGAUCAUGGGGUGGUUUCUGUUCCAGAUAUAAGCUGCUCGGGUGCUCAAACCGACUAUGACGGCGAGAAAGAACAUUUAAGAGCCAGAAAGAGGCGGAGGCAACAACGUUGGAGUACUCCCUUUUGAUGGCGAUCUGCGCCCUGUGUAGUCUUGGAUAGGGGUAGAUUUGCACUGUUACGAUUUCUGCUAUAAUCCUGCUUUUGAUUGAGAAAAAGGUUGAAGCUUUCAAAAUGGCAUUGAGUUGAGGUAUCGAUUGAGAAUAAUGUAUGAUAGAUGAUGUGUUCUGUUAUAGACAGCGUGCUGUGAAGAAGAGUUGUACGAUAGGUGAUGUGUUCUGCAAUAGACAGCGUGCUGUGAAGAAGAGUUGUUAAUUUUACAGAUGUUAUUAAGAAGUGUAAUGGCGUGGAAGAAAGGACGUGCAGGAGAAAGCUCAGUUUCCAGCAUUACAUGGGUUUGGACAGUAACAACCAUACUCAUUGCUUCCCUCUUUGACCAUCCUGUGCUGCUUUGAACAUCGAU